GGUUAAGAACUUUUCCCCCCCCACACUCUGAAAGAGCCGCUGAGCUCCGGGUGGUACAAUUAAAUAUGGUUACGAUAUGCGUUUCUGUAUCACGGAGGUUCAGCUGUGUCACACUCCGUCACAGCAGGUGCUUGAUAGCGUUGGGGACCUGGAGGGUUUGAGGAAGGAUCUCGAUUCUCGGGACGACGGCACAGUCCAUCACCUGCGGUAGAAAAAGCUCCUCACAGCUCAAGCCACCCAACGCUGAAGACGGCUCUGAGACCGCGCAGCGGCACGCGCGGGACCGCCGCCAGACGCGCUGCGCUCGUCACUUUCCGCCACUCUUCGUGUGCCGCCGGAUGGCUUCGGCCGUUCCCGCCACUCCUCGGCUCCGCUCGCCUGUUUCCGCUCGCGGCUCGCCCCGUUGUCGGGGUAACGCAAAGCAGCGUGGAGAGACCUGCGGCCUGCGGCGCGGGCGGUAGAGAUUAAAGGAAAGAUCUUUGCCUUUGCUUUGGUAACUUGAGCCUUGUCGGAGAGUCUUGUUAAGGCAAUUUGACAGAGACCCCUUUGACCAUGUGUGUGGUGACUGGGGGGCUGAUGAGUCCACAGCUCCACAGUGGUGAUAAAACUGGACCCAUGCAAUGCCACUUUGGGAAUGCUGAGGAUUUUGAAGGAUUGUACAGAUAAAAGUGUGCAGUCUGAGACAGCUCCUGUUUUUAUGGCUGUGUAUGUGGAUCAUCAAACAGAUGCUCCUGAUUCUGUUGCCUCCCCUUCCCAUAUAGCAUGGCACCCACUUCAUCCACUCCUGGCAGUUGCUUCCAUCAGCACAGCAGGUGGGGGCUGUGUGGAUAUCUACCUGGAACAGGGAGAACAUGUGCCUGAUUCCCAUGUUGAGAGAAGCUUUCAAGUCACGUUACUUGCCUGGCACCCUUCCAGACCCAUUCUGGCAUCAGGAUGGGAGACAGGAGGAGUUCUGAUACUGAACAAACAAGACAAGGAGCAGCACACUGUACCCCCAAAUCACAGCGCCAAAAUCACGGUCCUGAGCUGGAGUACAAGUGGUACCUGCCUUGUGUCUGGGGAUGGGCACGGUGUCUUGCAUCUGUGGAAGAUGGACCAUCGGGGCAGAGUCCAGGGUCCUGCCCUGGUUAAACAGGAGUAUGGGAAAUGUUUGUGGCACUGUGUCUUUCAGCCACCCCCUCCUGGCGAGGACUUUGUACAGCUGGCAAAAGCAGCUGUGAGUGGUGAUGAGAAAGCCUUGGAUAUGUUUAACUGGAAGAAAGCUGGAAUAGGACCGCCUCUGAAAACGGCAGUCCAGGAAGGACUCUCCUUCUUUAUCACUUUGACAGAUGGUUCUGUGCAUUAUGUGAAUGAGAAAGGGAAGACAAGGCAGGUGUUGUCUACGGACAGUCUGGUCCGAAAGCUCCUGUUGCUAGAGGAAAGAGAUAUUUUACUUGUAAUAACAGAGACUCUGCAGUUGUCCUUACAUGCAGUUUCUGCCGAGGGAGAGGCAGAAGAACUCAUGAAGGUGAAGUUGAGUGGGAAGACUGGUCAUUCUGCAGACAUGAUUCUAGUAGACCAUAGCCUGGUUGUUACAGCACUAGGUGAGACGGUCAUCAGGUUCUGGGAUUUGGAUCAAGAUGAGAACUAUGUGCUCUCUCUAGAUAUGCAAUUUGGCUUUGAGAGGGGAGAAUGUAUUAACUGUGUAUCUUACUGCAGUGCUAAAGGUAUCUUGGCAGCUGGAACUAACAAGGGGAGAGUAGCAAUGUGGAAGAAAGCAGCAGGAUCUCAUCAGAGCACAUUGGCUUCAGAGGGCAAGGAGAAGUGGAAGUUCCAGGCAUCUACAGAACUUGAAGGAAACGUCACUCAGAUAAAGGAACGAACUGAAAAUGGAAAGCAGCCAAAUGGAGCCCCAUGUGACAAGUUACAGAACGUACCAAAGGAGAAGUGGGGGUCCCGAAAAAACCUGCUGGCAGUGAACAACAUCAGCUCUGUGGUGAUCCUCAGUGAGCAGGCCAUGUUGGCGCAUUUUCAUCAGCAGGUGGCCGUGGUACAGGUGUCUCCCAGCCUCUUCAAUGUGACGAUCUUCAGCACAGGAGCCACUCACAGCCUUCGUGUUGAUAUGAAUGCUAGUGGAGUCUUUGCUACUCAGGAUGCUGUAGUAUUCUGGAAUGGGAAACAAGUGGCUGUCUUUGAGUGCCCAGGAGAUAGCUUCAGAAGUGCAGGUUCUUUCCUUUGUGACUCUCCAGUUCUGUCUGUUCAUGGAGAAAAUCUAUACACGGUGGAGCCGUAUCGGAUCCAGGUCCGCACCUGGCAGGGCACAGUUAAACAGCUGCUUGUGUUCUCUGAAGCAGAGGGGAAUCCGUGCCUCCUGGAUGUCUGUGGCAAUUUCCUGGCUGUGGGAACUGACCUGGCUCACUUGAAAAUCUUUGAUCUCUCACGCAGAGAGGCAAAAGUGCACUGCAACAGCAAGAGUUUAUCCAAGCUGCUCCCUGGCCACGGAGACAUUUUGUCUGUGAAGUGCAAUGCUGAUGGCAGCAAAGUCAGCAUCCUUGUCAGCAGGGCGGAUGGGAACAUUGAUUCCAAGAUCUGUUUCUAUGAUGUUGAAAUGGACCAAGUUACACUCUUUGAUUUCAAGGCUGAACAGGGAGAUGGUAGAGAGAACCUUUCUGCUGGACAAGGCAUUGGCAAGUUUGUAGUGGAGUAUCCAGAGUUGCACAGUCACAUCCCUGCUUGCCAUUUCUGGGACCAGAGUGAACCAAGACUUUUUGUAUGUGAAGUAAUUCCUGAAACAGGCCUCCAACCUCCAGACCAAAAGAAAAUCCAGACUGAGGGCACAAUGGAUGUUUGGAUUAUAUCAUUCUUCAGCACUGAAGAGCAUGGCUUUUUGCUGCAGGACAGCUUUCCAUUGCCUUCAUCCUACCAGGUUCUUCUUGGCAUAGAGGUGCCACAUUAUUACUUUGCAAAAAAGUUGUGUUUUCGGAGGGGAUGUAUCUAUAAACCUCUGGGAGAAGCUGAGAAGGGAGCAUCAGAGUCUGGCUCAGGAACAGUCUCUCAGAUGGCUGCAAGAAGACCCAUGAGAGAUUUCAUUGGAUUGGGAGACUGUGAUAAGAUCACCCAGGAUGCCAUGCUGAACUUCAGCUACUAUCUCACUGCUGGAGACAUGGAUGAAGCCUUCAAAUCCAUCAAGCUGAUAAAAAGUGAGGCUGUCUGGGAGAACAUGGCUCGCAUGUGUGUGAAGACUCAGAGGCUUGAUGUUGCCAAAAUUUGCCUGGGGCACAUGGGUCAUGCAAGAGGAGCCAAGGCACUGCGGGAGGCUGAGCAAGAGCCAGAGCAGAAGGCCAGGGUGGCUGUGCUGGCCAUCCAGCUGGGCAUGCUGGAGGAUGCAGAGCGGCUAUACAAGGAUUGCAAACGGUAUGACCUCUUGAACAAGUUCUACCAGGCCUCCAACCAGUGGCAGAAAGCCAUCGAAACGGCCGAGGCUCAUGACCGGGUUCACCUGCGCACCACCCACUACAACUACGCGAAGCACCUGGAGGCAACCGGGCAGCAGAACCUGGCACUCACCCACUAUGAAAAGUCAGACACACACAGGUUUGAGGUACCUCGAAUGCUCUCUGAAGACUUACAAGCCCUGGAGAACUACAUCAACAAGAUGAAAGACAAGAGCCUGUGGAAGUGGUGGGCACAGUACUUGGAGAGCCAGUCAGACAUGGAGUCUGCAUUAAAAUACUAUGCACUGGCUCAGGAUUAUUUUUCCCUAGUCCGUGUUCACUGCUUUCAAGGCAACAUUGAGAAGGCUGCUGAAAUAGCAAAUGAAACAGGGGAUGGGGCAGCCUCCUAUCACCUGGCACGCCAGUACGAGAGUCAGGAGGACAUCAAGCAGGCUGUGCACUUCUACAGCCGGGCCCAGGCAUUCAACAACGCCAUCCGCUUGUGCAAGGCAAAUGAUUUAAAUGAUCAGCUGAUGAACCUGGCUCUCCUGAGCUCACCGGAAGACAUGAUAGAGGCAGCCUGCUAUUAUGAGGAAAAGGGGUAUCAAAUGGACAGAGCUGUUAUGUUAUACCACAAGGCGGGACACUUCUCCAAAGCCUUGGAGCUGGCCUUCGUCACACAGCAGUUUGGGGCCCUACAGCUCAUUGCUGAGGACCUGGAUGAGAAAUCCGACCCAGCCCUGCUCGCCCGCUGCUCCGGGUUCUUCAUUGAACAUGCUCAGUAUGAGAAGGCAAUGGAGCUGCUGCUCACAGCCAGGAAGUACCAUGAAGCUCUGCAGCUCUGCCUGGAGCAGAACCUAACCAUCACCGAGGAGCUGGCCGAGAAGAUGACAGUCUCCAAGGAAUCCCAGGAUCUCUCUGAGGAGUCCCGGAGGGAGAUGCUGGAGCAAAUUGCCGACUGCUGCAUGAGACAAGGCAACUACCACAUUGCCACCAAGAAAUACACACAAGCAGGAAACAAGUUAAAGGCUAUGAGGGCAUUACUGAAAUCUGGAGAUACUGAGAAAAUUAUCUUCUUUGCGGGAGUUUCCAGACAGAGAGAAAUUUAUAUCAUGGCAGCCAACUACCUCCAGUCACUGGACUGGCGUAAGGACGCAAAGAUUAUUGCGAAUAUCAUCAGCUUCUACACCAAAGGAGGGGCCCUUGACCUCCUGGCAGGUUUCUAUGAUGCAUGUGCUCAGGUAGAAAUCGAUGAGUACCAAAACUAUGAAAAAGCCCACAGAGCACUGACAGAAGCAUACAAGUGCCUUUCCAAAGCAAAGGCCAGAAGCCCUGUAGAACAGGAAAGCAAACUUAGUCACCUGCACAGCAGGAUGAGUCUGAUGAAGCGGUUCAUCCAUGCUCAGAGAGUUUACCCUGAAGACACUGAAGAAGCAGUCAGACAGUGUGAACUGCUCCUGGCUGAACAGGACUUUGACAAUGCCAUCCGGCAUGGCGACAUCCUGGGAUUUUUGGUUCAGCAUUAUGCACAAGUGGAGGAAUUCCAUACAGCUUAUCGCUACCUGGAAGAGAUGCAGAAAAGAAUUCCAGCCUCGAACCUGAGCUACUAUGUGUCCCCAGAGACCAUGGAGGCCGUGCACCAAGGAGCUGGUGUUCCCAUGAGCCAAACUCAGGCCCCAGCACACUCUGGCCAUGGCAGCAUGGACAACAGGGAGGAUGAAGAAGUGGCUGAUGAAGUGGAGGACCCCUGACAAUGAUCAUUUACCAAAUGCAAAGCUGACUUUAAUAUCAGUUCAUUUAUUCCAUCCUCAUUAGGGGACCAGUCACAUGCUGUUGCCACACAGCUUUUUGGUUAUUACCAAGAAAUUUAUUUUUCCUGCUUGACUGUACAAGCAACAGUAUUAGAGUUAGUAUGUUCUCUCAAGCACAGCAUACAGCAAUUCACAUGUACAUCCUGUUAGAAAGCUGGUUUUAGUAUUUUAAUAAAUUUGAGGCAGAAAAACCCAGUAAGAACUGCA